ACGUUUACAUCCCUGACAAAAAGGUAACAGGUUGCAUUCCCAGCAGCAGCAUAAUGAACUUAUUGCUGUGAUAAUUUCCGUAGGAGUUAGGUUUUUCUGUUCACGUUUCCGUGUGGGCUUUAAUGGAUGUCAGUCAAUAUAUCUGAAUUAUUAUCGGCAUACAGCAGGCGAGAGGAUACGAGAGGAGCAGAAGAAUAAGUUCAGAAAAAAAGAGUAUGACCACACCAUCUUCAGGUCAGACGACCCCGGUGGACUAUGGUGUCCAGAUCCGCUUCAUCAAUGACUAUCAGAAUGGUGGAGGGCAGCCUGCACCCCAGCCCAAGACCAAGACUCAGACCACAUCUAAAUAUGGUGUAGCAGUCAGAGUGCAGGGAAUUGCUGGCCAACCAUAUGUGGUUCUGAAGGAUGGACAAAAAGGAGAUUCAUAUGGGGUUCAGCUCAAGACUGAGUACUCUGGCUAUAAUAGCCUUCCUCGGAACAGAGGGAAGGCAGAGCCAGGAACAGAGGGAGGUUACAUUGGAGGAGGAGAGCAGGGAGGGCUACUACGCCGGGCUCAGUCUCAUGGGUCGCUUCUCGACAGGGAUGGAGGGCCGAGUAACGAGGAGUAUCAGUUAUCUAGACCACCAGGAGAUGGGAAGUCUGGUAGUUAUGGGAAUCUGGAUGGAGGAAUUGGAGUAAGGGGAGAUAGAGAGCAGGGAUGGCAUGUCAGUGAUAGAGAAAGGGGCACUGAAAGAAAUAUCUGGCACGGUUCUUAUCAGGCAGGGCUUAACAGGUCACUGGGGUCAGUGAGGGACAGUCCCGAGCCCCCUCCUCAGCCAAACGAGCUACACUCUAACAAGAGACAGACGUCUGUCAACAAGCUAAUAAACAGGUUUGAUAGUGUUAAUGCUGGAGGCCAGCAGAGAGGACUCCCCCCUGCCCAGCAACAUCCAGGAGCUACAUCUCCCCUCACCACCGCCAAUCCCUACACCUCACCUCCAUCGUCAACUCACAGCAGCUUGAGGCGCAGCCAGGGCAAUGUCACCAAAAUUCCUGGACAGCCAGCGAAUCAGUGGGCCUCACUGGAGCCACAACGACCAAAUCUGACUGAGGCACAAGUGACCCCUGACCUUUUGCUGGACCAGGGUCAGAGUGCAGAGCUGAGCAGCGAGGAGGAGCAGGCCAUGAAGACCAUAUACAACAUCCUGAGACAAGGGAGUAGUGAAACCGAUGUCAUCGUGAGGCACAAAGUAAAUCUCAUCUUUCAGAACAUUCAGCACCUUAAGCCCAAACAAAGCAUGAGGGAGGAGUGGAUGAGUGAGAAAAGGAAGCUUGAGGAAAAGGUGGUUGCACUACAAACUGCACUGCUGGAAGAAAGGAAGGACUCUGUUAGCAAUUCUGAUCCUGCUCUGAAAGCAGAGCUGGAGAGUUGUCUGGAUGAAAAUCUGCAACUCCAGGAGAUGCUGGACCGGAAGAAAAACGAAUUAAACGAAACACAAUCAGAGCUGACUCAGUUGCGUAUGGAUCGGGAAAACGCUGAGAAGCGGGUCAGAGAUAUGGAGGACCAGAUGGCUGAGUUUCAAGAUGAGCUGAGAAGAGAGAACAGCAACAAGACGGAUCUGGUUUCCUCUCAGGCGCAGCUGAUGGAAGUUUUGCAACUAAAAAAGAAGCUGGAGGAAACACUACGACAGAGAGAGAGGGAGCUUACAGCUUUGAAGGGCGCUCUGAAGGAAGAGGUGGCAUCACAUGACAAAGAGAUUGAGGCGAUGCGAGAGCAGUACAGUGCGGAUAUGGACAAGCUCCGCAGCAGCAUGGAGCAGGUGUCUCAGUCUCAUGCAGGGAUUGAAGCAGAGCGCUUGCGUGUAAAUGCGUCAGUUCGCUCCCUGCAGCAGCAGCUGGAGGACUGUCGAGAUGAGAGCAGUCACUGGAUGGAGCAGUUUCAUUCAACCAGAGACGAACUUCGAACAACUAAACAAGAACUCCUGCAAACCCGUCUGGAGAAGGAGGAAUUUGAGGAAGAACUAAAGGAACUCCAAGACAAAAUGACCUCCAUGAAACAACAGACACCAGACCCCAACCACACACAAACCCUCAGCCAGGAGCUCCAGCAGUGCAAAGCUGAUUUGCAGAAGGGCAAGUCUGAGGUAGAGAAAAUGAGGGUGGAGUUUGACAAGAAGGUCAUGGAGGUCAUCUCUUUGAAAAAAUCUCACCAGAACCAAGAGGCUGAACUGAAGUAUGAGAUUGACAGGUUGAAGGGCCAGUUACAGAAGGCCAAAGAGGACUUUACUAAAGCACAAGAGAAAAAUAAACGGCUGCCAGACCCAGCAACCAUCUCAGAGCUAGAGCAGAAGCUUAAUGAGGCCCAGAGUGAAGUUACCCAGCUCAAAAAGAAGCUCUCAUUGACUGAAGAGGAACUGGACACCAGUAAGACACAGCUAAGCAGAGCUCACCUGGACAUUAACUCGUUCCAAGAUGCCCAGCAGGAGCAGGAGGAAGCGACCGCUCGUCUCAAAGAGAAAAUCUCAAGAUUAGAGGCUCAGCUGCAGAGCAAUGCUACAGAGAGCUCAGAGGCAGAGCUCGCACUCCACACUGAGGUGAGAGGCCUGAGAUCUGAGCUCGAUGAGGCUAAGAGGAAAGCCUCCAGACUGAGCCAGGAGCACCGUGAACUCAGCCAGCGUCUGGAGGAUACAGAAAAGGACAAGGAGGCCCUCAAACAGACCAUCAGCCAGCUGGAGGACACUAAACGACAGCAGGAGAGAGCUCUAGAGAAAGUGAACAAAGACUAUGACUCUUUAAACGUGUCCUUAAGAGAAGAAACGCAGGCUCUCAGGGUUCAACUGGAAGAACAGAAAGAGCGAGCACGCAAGGAAAUGCAGGAGGUGCAGCGUCACGAAAACGAUGCUCACUCUGAGCUGGAAAAAAGCAAGAUGAACAUAAGGAAACUGGAGGAAGAGAUAUCACGGCAGAAGAAGGAGCUGCUUCUUGCAUGUGAGGAGAGAGACAACCACCAGCUGGAUAAAGAGCUGCUCGCCAACAGACUGCGCCACCUGGAGGGAGAGCUGGAGGCCAGCAAAAACAGCCACAAUGAGAAAACCCGAGAGAUUCGCAUCCUGGAGGACAAACUAAAGCGUUUGGAGUUGGAGGUGGAGGAGGAGAGAAGCAGUGUGGAUAUGCUGACUGAUCGUGUGGCUCGCAGCAGAGACCAGAUCGAUCAGCUCCGCUCUGAGCUCAUGCAGGAGAGAUCCUCGAAGCAGGACCUGGAGCUGGACAAGAAUGCAAUGGAGAGACAUCUGAAGGAGCUGAGGAGUCGUGUGGUUGACAUGGAGGGUCAGUCGCGUUCCUCUGUAGGAGUCUCCCAGCUGGAAAGCAAAAUCCAGGAGCUGGAAGACCGUCUGCGGAGCGAAGAGAGAGAGAAGAACGCUGUGUUGGCAACACAACGUCGUUUGGAGAGGAAGCUAAAAGACCUCAAUAUGACAUUGGAUGAGGAAAGACAAACACACACUGAACAGAGAGACCAGCUUGCUCUGAGAGUGAAGGCUCUGAAGAGGCAGGUGGAUGAAGGAGAGACAGAGCUGGAAAGGUUAGAUGGAAUGAGAAGAAAAGCUCAGAGAGACCUGGAGGAACAGAUGGAGCUGAAAGAGGCUCUGCAGACCAGAGUCACAGCACUGGAGACUGAGCUUAAGAGGAAAACUCAGGCAGCAAUACGCCCAGCUUUGGAUUCAUCAGCUCUCAGCUCAGACGAUGACGACAGUCUUUACGAUUCCUCCACCAUCACCUCCAUCCUCACAGAGACCAACCUUCAGACCAGCUCCUGUUAAAGCAACGCUUUGGGAGCAGGUCGAAGGUGGGAAAAUAAAACUCUGCCAAGAUGAAUGUGGAGGAGAGUGUGCAGUUUAUAGGCUUGGAGUAAAGCCAAAAGGCACUACAGACAAUGAGGGAGGGAAACCUGGGGAGGUAAUGACAUAUUGUGGGUUAACAGGAGAUUUUUUUUUUUUUUUUUUUUUUUUUUUGCAUACCAGUGUGAAUUGAAGGAAACAAAACAUCCUCAACAUUUGAGGGAAUUUCCUUCAGCAUACAAUAUACACACGUGUCCUCCAGGGUACAAUUGAAAUGCCUCCACUUGAUGCACAUUGUACACCAGCAGACAUUGGGGACUAGUCAAGAACCUCCAGCAUACAAAAACUUAUCACUAACAAAGUCAGUAUGUUAACUGCAUGAGAAGAAAUGCAAUCUGAAACAAAACAAAAUACAAGCAGGUUAUGAUUUGCAUAUUUUUUUGUUUUUGGUACAAAUUCAUCAUGCCUUUUUCAGGGAUGAAGCUCUGGGUCAAGCACGUAAAGCUCAUCGUCUUGCUUUGAGAGAAAUCCUCAUCAUUUCCUUAUUUACAUGUUGGACUUUUUUCCUCUACUGUGGUUCUACACAAUGCAAAGAAAUUACAUAGAUUUACUAACAAACGUGGACCAAAUGUUGACACUGCGAGCAUUAAUUGUAGAUACAAACAACCUCACAUAAAAAAAUCUUACAUUUUCUGAAAGUUAAAUUACUAACACAACCUUAUGUGGACUGCACAUCGUUCUUUCUGAAUGAAAUGUGAAUUUUUUCACUGAUAACAAAAAUAUUUAGUUUUUGUUUAUAUUUUUAGCUUUGGAAUAUGUCCGAUACAUUUGAGACAUGUUUACUCCACUGUCCAGAAUUCAAUGUCAAAUAAUACACAGGGAUUCUGAAUUGUACAAUUAUAACAAAAUUGGCAUCUUAUAUUUAUUGUUUUGGGGAGAGACACAAAUUCUGUUUGUGGUGUGAUGGGAAAAAUGGGAAGACUGUGUGAAAUUUCAGCUUAGACUUACCUGGUGAGUCUUUUCUGCAUCUGAAGAAGAUUCCUGGUUUUCCAGGAUUUCCAGUGUUUUGGUUUUGUGGUCCAUCCAGACAGGAAACCGUCUGUCCUUUGUUUUCACUUUUAGAGCAAAAAUGGUGGCCAAACUUUUCAAUUAGUCAGAAAUGUAAAGCUGCGCAGCUCCUAUGCAUUCCCUUAUAUCAAACCAGUUAAACUUAUGCUGUAUCUACUUUGUAUGUAAUUAUAAUGCCUUGAAGUUGUUAAAGAAUCAUUUGUAAUUCACUUGACAAUGAGUUUUGUAAAGUGUAUUUAACAUUUGUAGAUUUUUUUUUUUUUUGAUUUUUUUUUUGUAAACGUUUUGAAAAAUCAGUUGAAGUUAAAAUCACUUUUUUUCCAUAGUGUAAAACCUGUUUUCAGAAAAACUGGAAAAUGGUAAUGAAUAUGAUUUAUUAAAUGAAGAUGUUGAAUUAAAA